AGCGAACACAACCACUCUUUUGUUCAUUCUCUCUUAUUAGCCCUUGAUUAAUGAAAAGCAUGAAUUACCACCAUAUAGGUCCAUGCAUCACAACAGUGGGUCCAAUCCAAUGUCCCAUCUACUUUGCCAAUAAGCCGAGGGACUCGGUACAAAGAAGACCCUUCUCAUCUUCACUCACCACAAGAAAAUCCAUUCCCCAUGCAACUAAUACCAUCAGAGAGAGCCGUGGAUUUAAGCAUAAUUAUAUGAGGCCAAAGACGUUGUGUUUUAAUUAUAUAAGUGAAGCAGGCAGCACACCUAGCUAAUAACCUACCGCAGCCUGAGGCAAUGUCAACGGACAAUGGAAGCGCUUCAACGGACUCUGAAGUUGUAAUUCCUCAGCUAAUGAGUUCUUAUUGAACUAGUUAAGGUCAGACCAGCACUGUAUUUAAAAUAAUGAUAAUCUUGAGAUGAGGUCAAGUUUUUCCCAUAGCCUUUGGGCCGUACUAGGUCAUGUUUAUGUAUUUCGAAUACAUUCGAUCAGAAUUAGUCAAAUAAAUCAAAAACCCAAGGAAUCAGCUCGGGACAUAGAGAUGGAUGUUUUUGAAACGUGAGAUAAACGCUUAGGUCAACAUCUUUAGCACCCAAACAGGGUUCUGGGAACCUGAGCAGCAACAGACCCACAUCCACCCUCAUGCAGUAUGGGAAAAGUGACAACCAGGUAGAGCGACAAAAUGACUGUCUCCUUAGUCGUACUGAGCCCUGCUACCAAGCUGUAUGACUGGGAUGAGCAGGUUUCUUCUACAGCACAGCACAGCACAGCAGGAGACUCAGGCUCCACUGGACGGUGGCUCCACCAAGGAGACACACCAUCGUAUAGACGAGGGAAAAAGGAAUCGCCAAAUAAGUCAGAUCUCGAAAAAGGAAACGCAACAGAGACGGUCAUAAUAAGACAACUUGAGGGUUAUCUAGAUAUAGAGCAUAUAGACUGACUCCACACACCGGAGUAUCAGGAUGAAAAUCCGCGUGAUGCAGAUCUGGGGCUUCCUGAUGACAGUGCUGGGCUGGAUCUUUGUGGCAUGCACCAUGGCCAUGGAGGGCUGGAAGGUCACGUCCAUCGGGGGCAUGGGCGGCUCGGCUGUCAUCAAGGUGGCCUGGUACUGGUCUAACCUGUGGAAGGCCUGCUUCACCGAUUCCACUUCUGUCACCAACUGCCAAGACUUCCCUGUGCUCUGGUCCGUGGACAACCACAUCCAGAUUGUGAGGGGCCUGCUGAUGGGUGCUCUGUCUGUGGGGAUGCUGGGGUUCGUACUCAGUCUCAUUGGGAUGGAGUGCACCUUCCUCGGGGGCAAGGACAAGGCGAAGUACAGGAAGCUCUUUACUGGAGGAGUCUGUCACAUCAUCAGUGGCUUUCUGGCUGCGUCGGGAUAUGCUGUCUACGCAAAAUACGUCUCUGGGGAAUACUUCAACCCCUAUUUUGACGGAUUAAAGUUUGACCUGGGUACUCCUCUGUUUCUUGGCUGGGUGGGAUCAGCUUUCCAUAUGACAGGGGGUUGGUUCUACUUGGUCUCUGUGUGCAAACUGCUCUGUGGGGACGAGAGCGAAACCAUAGUCAUCCCUGAACUUCCCGAGGUUGAGAGCGACCAGGCCAAGUCCACCACACCACAGUCCCCAGUAUCCCAGAUCACCUCAAAGAUCAAGGUUCCAUCUGCAUCUAAGAUUUCUUCAAAAUCUGCAGGCUCAGAUGUGUCUGCCAUCUCCUCAAGGUCUGGUCAGUCCGGUCGCGCGUCCAAAUCAGAGCGGUCUGGGCGGUCCUCAAACUCCGUGCAGUCCUCGAAAUCUGGCGGUGGGUCUUUGACGUCUGGUCGUUCAUCGAGGUCGAGGUCUCAUGGGUCAGUGCACUCUGAGGUGAGCAGCGGCAGCAGUAGUACAGUGUCCUCUUUAUCCAGUGGGUCAAGGAGGAGCGAGAGAGAACCGUUUAUCAAAAACUCCUACAUAUGACCUGGUUCUGUUCAAGUAUGUGUGAUUUUGACUGGAUUGAACUGAAGUAACAAUUGUAUAUACUGUAUAUGAUGAUUAGGGCUGUCAGAGUUAAUCCGUUAACUUUAUGGAAUUUUAGUGAACUACUGUUCUUUAAAUCGGGAUUAACCUCAUUGUCUGAAAGCUUUCAAAAUACAGUGAGAAUAUCCAAAAUACAUAAUUUACACAGCUAAAAAAAACAAUUCGAUGUCAAAACACAUUAACAAUGAGGUUAAAUUAAGUGUGCUUUAUCAAUUUACCUGAUUUGCUAACCGUUGCUUUGGACAACUCAAUUUGAGCAAAUUCUGAAUUUGCGAUGAAUCACAACAAAUCCUUUGAUUAACUCGAUUAAAUGUUUGAAUCGUAUGACAGCCCAACGAUGAUCCAAUUGUGAAUCUGUAUGUGGGGGAAUGUUUCUGUAUCUAAUGGCUUUUUAUCCUGGGUGUGUUUCACUAUCAUUAAAUCAAAUGCUUCAUCA